AUGUGGGUACCCGCCCGUGCGGGCAACCCUGGCAAUGAGGCCGCGCACCUAGCCGCCCGAACAGCUACUAACCGAGAGGUGGGCUUGCCCGACAGGGUUGACCGACAUGAAGCUGGAAAGGACAAUGUUUCUACGGUUACACAGUUUGGACGUCUGUCGCUGUUGCAGGGAUGGGACGACGUAAGCUUUCACGGGUCUUCUCAGAUCCCAACGCCAAACAUUGACGCACUCGCGGCAGAUGGUGUCGUACUGAACAACUACUACGUCCAGCCAUUCUGCACUCCUUCAAGGGCUGCCCUCAUGACCGGACUUUACCCUAUACGUACAGGCAUGCAAGGCCUUCCUAUUAGUGUAGCUGAGCCUUGGGGAUUACCCUUGAACGUGCGGAUCAUGCCCCAGUACUUCAAGGAACUUGGUUACGAGACCCAUUUGAUCGGAAAGUGGCACUUGGGUAGCUACACGAGAAACCAUACACCAACAUCUCGUGGUUUCGACAGCUUCUACGGCUUCUACAAUGGAGAAGAGGACUACUUCACCCACAGCGUUACGUGCCAAAACCAAACCGGUCUCGACUUUUGGCACAACACGGAUCCAUUGUGGACGAGUAACGGAACUUACUCUACAACCCUGUUCACACAGCGAGCGAAGGACGUUAUUCGGAACAGAAAAAAAGGCAAGUCGCUCUUUCUUGUCCUGAGCUACCAGGCAGUGCACGGUACAGGGAGCAGCCCACCAUUGCAGGCUCCACCGGAGAACAUCGAAAAGUUUCCGUACAUAGGUGAAACAAGCAGAACAAUCUUUGCAGGCAUGGUGGACGCAAUGGACCUAUCUGUAGGCGAAGUUUUUCAAGCACUGAGCGAGGCCGGCGUGCUGGACAACACAGUCAUCGUUUUCAGCAGCGACAAUGGCGGAGCUCCUUUUGGCAUGCAUUCCAGCCGCAGCUUCAACUGGCCACUGCGCGGUACAAAGGGUACGCUGUGGGAGGGAGGCACCCGGGCGGCUGCGUUUCUCUGGAGUUCCCUGCUUGCCCGGAGACAAAGAGUGUCAAAUCUACUAAUGCAUAUUACGGACUGGUUGCCCACUUUGUACUCGCUUGCCGGUGGCAACGUAGCGAAUCUUCCUCAGCUGGACGGACAAAACAUGUGGCAACAUCUCUCGAAUGGGUGGCGUUCACCAAGAGCCGAGGUGCUUUACAACACCGAACCUUCGCUCUCGGCUGCAGCAAUUCGCAAUUCGAAGUACAAGUUAGUGGUGGACAGCACCGGAUUGUUCAACCAGCGCUACUUGACAGCGGGAGGCAGCCGUCCACGACGUGAUCUGGACGACCUGCUCUUCAAAUCCGACGUCGGGAAGGCGCUCAGAUACAUGUACGGAAUGGACGGCGGUUUCCGGCUUCCUAAAGGGUGGAGGCGACGAGCGACGCUGGACUGUAGGGAAUGGUACGGGGAAAACUUUUCGUCGAGCGAUUCUGUCUACCUCUUUGACAUCGUCAAGGAUCCCUGCGAGCUGAAUAACUUAGCCAGAGUCCAUCCCGAUAUUGUGGCGAAACUACAGCAGCGUCUCAAUGCCUACCAAGCUGCCGCCAUGCCGGCAGUUCACAAGCCAGGAGACCCGGCUGCUCUUCCGGACAGGCACAAUGGAACAUGGGCGCCAUGGGUACUGUGAACCCAGAAGAUCUUCAUCGCCUCAUGCUUCGAAACGUUUCCCUUUCCUAGGGUGUGAAGGAAGGGACAGAAAGUACGAAUUUUCAACCACUUUAGGUGACAGCUGCCAGCCUCUGUGUGCUUUCAACCACCAAAUAAUAAUAAUAAUAAUAAUAAUAAUAAUAAUAAUAAUAAUAAUAAUAAUAAUAAUAAUAAUAAUAAUAAUAAUAAUAAUAAUAAUCUUUAUUACAAAUAAUCAAAUUGUACAUAUAAUUUUGCUAGGUCUGCCGAAGCCUUCUGUGGGCUUGUAUGGCAGAAACCUGGCAGUCAGGGCAAUGCAUUAUGUACCUUGUUACAGACAAACCAAAUGCCAAAAAAUUUGAAAAAAACGUGUCACAGGUUUUUCAGGUAAACAUGCCCAGUAAACAACACUUAAUGUUCAAAUGAAAACACGUAGCACUCAACAACCAUGAAAAUUGAGUAAACAAAGCACAAUAUGUAAACAAACUUACAAGCUAUCGAGAACGAAAAAAGAAAAACAAACCAACCGUGAAAACAGCGGAAACAGUGACAUUCAUUUCGGUGAAGAUCACACUACAACAACAGAGACUUUAUACAUGUGAAAUCUAUUCUAUCAUUGCCUUGAGGGCCUUUUUUAAUCCCGACAAAGUUGUCUGAUCCAGUACAGCACUGGGAAGGUUAUUAAACAGGUGGGGGAUAUAGUACCUUCUUUGUCCUUUUCGAUAACGAGUUCUUGUCCGAGGAACUACAUAUCUGGGAUGACUACGCAAAGCAACACUUUUAUGGACAGGUUCUCGGAAAGUAUUGCUCCAGAAAUAAAGCAUCACAAUUGUUGAACGAAACAGAGACUCGAAAUCAGGCAUUUCUAAAUCUCGAAAUAAGUUAUCUGUGGUUUGGUUGUACGCGACACUUUUUAGUAUGCUUUUUAAUAGGUUGUCAAUUUUAUGUUUCCAAAAUCCGCUGCAAUUAAAAAAACAGGGAAUGCCGUACCUUAUAUGAGAGUAGCCUAAAGCAUGCACUAUCACUUUUUUAAUCUUGGUAGGUGCAUAACUCCUGAUACGGUAAAGGACACAUGCAACAUUACGUAAUCGCGCACAAAUUUGAGCCAUUUGAAUAUUCCAUGAUAAGUCAGUCUCAAAGUAUAUACUCCAAGGUACAUGACACUAUCCGCAUAUUGUACUGGGGCACAAACACAGUCUAAGCAAUCAGAACCGUGAAGGAAAACAUGUUGACUUGUCACUAGAGCCUUUAACGGAUUUCUAAAACAUACUAAUCGAGUUUUCUUAGCACUUACUUUUAUACGGUUUUUUUUAAACCAGUUCAUCACAUUUUUUAUGUCGCUUUGAAGUAAAGCGACAGCUGCUUCGUACUGCAUAAUAAUAAUAAUAAUAAUAAUAAUCAAUUUGGCAGAGAUACUUAAAGGGACAUUAAAGGCAAAUAUUAAGUAAAACUAAAGGGAUAGAUUAGUGCUCAAGAAUCUCUAAGGCGUCAAUAUCAUCACGAACAGAGCCUUAGUAAUCGAGAAAUCGAGGUAAAUGUAGGACAUGAUUAGAGACUCCCCCGGCACAUUCAAGUACUUGCCCGAUGACGAAAGCACUCCUCAGUUAAAUUCUGUCGUUAGUACUCAACCACUCGUUGCAAAAAACAUCACUGUAGUGUAUUAUAAGACGAAAUAAAAUGCCACUUGUCCGGUUCGAUUUCA